GGAUAUAGGUUUCUUCACAGAUCUCUCAAAUUUUCGCCAUUCUCCGCCAGGUCUGUGAAGAUGUAUACCUCAAGGAAGAAAAUCCACAAAGAUAAGGAUGCUGAACCUACUGAUUUUGAGGAGUCUGUAGCACAGGCCUUGUUUGAUUUGGAGAAUACCAACCAGGAGCUCAAAAGUGAGUUGAAGGAUCUAUACAUAAAUUCAGCAGUUCAAGUUGAUGUCUCUGGGAACCGGAAGGCUGUUGUCAUCCAUGUUCCCUAUCGGCUGAGAAAAGCCUUCCGCAAAAUUCAUGUCAGGCUUGUCAGAGAGUUGGAAAAGAAAUUCAGUGGGAAGGAUGUGAUUCUGAUAGCAACCCGAAGGACAUUGAGGCCCCCAAAGAAAGGUUCUGCUGUUCAACGCCCUCGCAGCCGAACACUGACUGUCGUGCAUGAAGCCAUGCUGGAGGACAUUGUUGUCCCUGCUGAAAUUGUAGGAAAACGUGUUAGAUAUCGCAUUGAUGGAUCCAAGAUAAUGAAGAUCUUCUUGGACCCAAAGGAGCGUAACAACACAGAAUACAAACUGGAGACUUAUGCUGUAGUUUACAGGAAGCUUUCAGGCAAAGAUGUCGUGUUUGAUUACCCAAUAACAGACGCUUAGAAGCACCAGAAGCAACUCUGCUAAUCUUCAUCUUACCUCCACAUGCAAAUUACAGCUAGUAGGUUUUUUUCUAUCAAAAUUUUGACAUUGAUGACUCUUUUUUAGAAGGCAGACAACGACCAGGAAGCUUAUUAUCAUUUUUCAGUAUUUAUCAGCUGCUAUUAUGAGAUUGUUGGCUGAUUUAAGAAUUUUGUUUGGUUAUCUGCAAUCUUCCAUUUUGUCAUUUUUGAC